UCGGCCUCUCAGUCUUCCUCCACAAGUUUUAGGCAUUGAGCAACCGGAUGAGAUGAGAUUGCAGAAGCCGCGGAGGCGGAGCACUAUCUGUUAGUUUUACACCCUCACCUCACCUCUUGAAUCGCACCUUCUUCCUUUUUCUCUUUAGCUUUUAUUUCUGGAGAAUCUUGGGUUGGGUUUAGGUAUUUAACUGCUGAGAGAGGCCCAGAGAGAGCGAGAGAGUUGAAAGGAUUCAAAUUUCAAUGACGGAGGGAAGUUCACCGGCCAAGACGUUUGUAGGCGUCCGUUUCCUUCUUUUGGGAUUCGACCCCUUUGACAAGCACCAGGUUCGAUCUAAGCUUGUAGAUUGCGGCGGAGAGGAUGUUGCCCACUAUUCCCCCAAUUGCACCCACGUCAUUGUGGAUAAAAUUGUGAUGAUCCCGUAUGUGUUGCUGCUCGAAAUGACGCCAAGACUCUUGUCACCGCUUUAUGGGUUCAUCAUAGUUUUGAUGUCGAACUCCCCAUUGAUCCCACUUGGAUUGUUUCAACCAAAGAAAAGAGAUUCUCCACCACUAUGAAUUGUUUAUUUGUUGGAUGAUGCACUCAAGGCAAGCGCGGAAUCUGCGGAGGGAAUUAUUGUUUGGUUGUCUGCCAAUGAUGGAACAUGGCUUCGUUGCCACCGUCUCUUGCUUCAAGACACAUGGCUUUAGGUUUCUUAGGUAUCCUGUGUGUUGACCUUCCUUCAAAAUCAAGUCUAGAGGAAAAAUUGGUUUCUGUUAGCGGUGUCUCUUGCUUCGAGGAGACUAUUCUUUAGAAUCGAGACUAUUCUUUAAAAAUUGGUUUCUACAAAAGCUGCCCAACAGGAUCCUCUCCUACUUGGGAAGAACUCGACGACCAAAUAGUGUUGUUCAUUUGGUCUAAGAGGAGCAGGCUUCCGUUUUCUGAUAUUGUCAAGGAUCUAUUUGAAUCUGCCGGAGGAUUUUCUCUGUCGGCCACCCAUACAACAAUAUCUGGAAAAUUCUUGUACCAUGUUCCUAAAUACCGAAAACUGCCAGCAGAGAAGAGGCCAAAUUCGACGCUUGCGCAGGAAGAAACCAAGUUAUUCGUGCCGGUGAUAGAUUGUAAUGGAGAAAUGGUAUCAACUGCCGUGGAGAGUUCUAAGACUAGAAAAUGAAGUAGAGAAGUAAGGAGGAUGAAAGGAAAGGGCUUCAUUCUGUGUUGUUUGGCCAGAAAAUGGGAAGUAUUGGAACUUAAUGUUUGGCCUUUGCGGCCGGCUUCUCUCCUUGAUAAUUUAGACUUAUAUUUCAGGAUACCAUGUAGAAUUAUGAGAAUUGUUGAUAUCGCAAGAUACAUAUAUAUACAAGUAUAUAACUUGAGGCAUAAGAACUACUAGCAUUUCAUUUCCCAUGCCAUUCCACUUUGAAUGAUUCUUUAGAAAAAAGAUAGUUGAUAAAUUCUCAAACUGUUCUUAUGUAUUAAAGUGCCCUUUUGUCGUUACUUAGUUCUACGGUCUGAUGGUAUUUCUCUUCACUUGGAAGUAAGAGGUCUUAGGUCCAAAUCUCAUGAAUGACGAAUUUGAUACCAAUUUAGGCUGCCAUUGUAUGGCUUAGUCGAACUCCCUUAUCAUAAAAACAAAAAAAGAAUAACUUGUAUUAAAUGGUUCUACGUCUAGUUGUACUGAGGUCUGUUGCAUAAAAAUCAUACACUUGUUGAUUGCACUGGUGAUCAAGUGGGGAAGUAUCAAUGUGUGCCGCAACCCGCUUUAUGUAACUUUGACAAUUAUGACAAGGAUUGAAGCAACAUGAAUGUCUUGCAUCAUUGGCGACAACACUCACCAAUCACACCCUAAUCGGCCCUUAAUUCCGGUUU